AUGCGGCCCAUGCCCAUCAUCCGGAGCAGGACGGGCUGCUUCACUUGCCGUCGUCGCAAGAAGAAGUGCGAUGAGAAGAAGCCCGUGUGCAGCGGCUGCAAGCGCAACAAGCUCGAGUGUCACUGGCCCGAGCCGACUAACAAUAACAACAACAACUCCUCUUCAUCAUCGUCCCAGCCGCGGACUAGCAAGGCCAGUGCCUCGGUCGCCCCGGACUCGGCGUCGGCAGGUAUCCAUCGUCCAGUCCAGGUCACGACUGAGCGCCGUUCCUUCUCGCAGCCUCUCCAGCAUCGCCGGCAUCAGACCGAGCUUGAAUCGGACCAUGAGCCGGAGCCCGAGCGGGACCCGGAGGACCAGCCGACGAUUGUCGUCUCCGCCUCGUCACAUCCCGGCUUGCUCCAGAACGGGCCCGGUCCCCCUGACGACACUUCCCCGACGUCUGAUGAUGCCCACAUGAUUGAUGCCGAGGCUGAUGACGAGGCUGAGGAUCAAGGUCAACCUUCACCUUCUGCCUCAACCACCACGUCGUCAGCCAGCUCGUCAGACUCACCAACCACUAUACUUCCCGCUUCCAGGUAUGAUCGAGAUGUCACCAACGCUCUCGCCCUGGCCGUCGCAUCAGCCGGGCCAUCAGAUGCAGGCUUCACCAUGAACGGCGGCAUCCCCAUGCCAAUGUCGAUGCUGCCUCAGCAAGGCCACCAUUCCUACGAGCUUCUCAGUUACUACCUAGCACGGACAGCCAACAGCAUGGGCAACGGCUCAACAGACGUCAACCCCUUUAUCUCCAAGCUCAUCCCGCUGGCCUUCUCCAAACCUCUAGUCUUACAGCUCAUCCUCGCUCAGAGUGCUGCUCAUCGUCAGGCGUCGGCUGAGCCGCUGCCCACUGAUGAGGUCGCUCAGAGAUACUACACGGACUCGUUGCGCAUGUUUAGGAAUGUCGUCGAUGAAUAUGUCUCUGGGAAUGCUGAGAAUACUCUCGUCUUGACUGUCGGGAGUCUCAUCAUGUGCUUGACCGAGGUCGCCAAAGGAGACAUUCACGGAACCAUCUUUGACCAUCUUACAGCCUCCAAGUCAUUAGUGAGCACGUUACUCACUGGAGGCCAAACUGAACCGUACGGCGACUUGCCGGAUUUUCUUAUCGAGUACUACAUGCACAUGGCAGCCACCAGCAUGAUCUCUAUCGAUCCUCAAUACAACUCGCAAUCGCUGCUAAGUCCAGACAUCGAGUUUCGAGCCAGAGAGCUCGUCACCCGGAAAUAUGUCGGCCAACUAUGCGGGUGCUGGCUGGAACUACUCAUCCUCAUCUCCCAAAUCUUCCAUCUCGGACAGAGCAUGUUGGCAGUCGUAGAUGGACAAACAGUUCCCCCAAGCCCCGACAGUAUCGUCAACUUUUCCUUUCUCCAGUCACAGGUCAUGGGUUUCUUCCCUGAUCCCUCAGUCAGUCCCUACUCGCGACUCGCCGGCCUGGUAUGGAAGCAGGCGGUUCUGCUCUACCUUUGGUCGGUGCUGGGCACACCUCAGCCACAAGCCAACACCAGUGUCCACAAGGCUUUGAUGGAUUCCGCCGUGGCAGAAGCAAUCACAUUACUCGAUCAGUUUCCCGCUAGCGAGAGGAUAAACACAAGUCUCUGCUGGCCCCUUGCCGUCAUCGGCUGCUGCACGUCAGACCCGAUUGUGCAGCAGGUUCUAAGGGACCGAUUACAGACCAUGCUUGACACUAUCGGACUGGGGAACAUGAGGCAGACUCUAGUGCUGCUUGAACAUAUCUGGCGGGAGCCGCUGGAGCAGGUCAGCCCUUGGACCUUGUGUAGGGCGAUGCGGGAGCACCAGAUCUGGAUAUCAUUUGCGUGA